AUGAACAAAAAAGAAGAUGAUACAGAUAAAAUUGUAACUCCUUUACAAGAAGCCAAGAAACAGCUUUCGUUGGAGGAAGCGCUACAAAAAGAAAAAAAGUGGGAAUUUAACAAUAAUAAUUCGAAAAAGAUUGAUAAACUUAUUGGAGAAAUGAUAGCGCUUCAAAAUUUACCAUUCAACUUUGUGGAGGGACUUGGAUUUCGCCGUCUUGUGCAAGCAUUAGCUCCAAAAUAUAAUUGUAGAGGACGAAUUUUUUUUACUGAUUUCGUGUGCAAUGAAUUGUGUGAAAAAGUGGCUGGGAAAGUUAAAGAAAUGAUUGGAAACUAUGAUUAUAUGUCAUUUACUUCAGAUAUAUGGACAGAUCCCAGUUCAGGUGCUUCUUUGCUUAGUCUGACUUGCCACGGAAUAUCAGAUAAAUUUGAGCGAUCGUCAAUUGUAUUAAAAUGUGAGACUUUUGAUGACCGUCAUACUGGUGACAUAAUUGCAGAAAUAUUCAAGACAAUGCUUGCUGAAUGGAAUAUUUCAACUGAAAAAGUGCAUUGCAUAUUACGAGACGAGGGCUCCAACAUGAAAAGAGGUAUGCGAUUAGCGUUGUUAGAUGACUUAGAUUGUACCGUUCAUAAGAUGCAGAUUGCUAUAAGACAUGGUUUACAAUCACAGGAAAACAUAAAAGACGUCAAAGAAAAAUGUAAAAAAAUUUUAACUCAUUUUAACCAUUCAACUAUUGCUCAAAAGCAACUUGAGAAAAUUCAAGAUAAGCUAAAUCAACCGCAUUUGAAAGUAUUCCAGGAUUGCGUGACGCGCUAG